GCGGUUGCUUCGUCGAACCUUUUUCCUGUUGCACUCUGACGUAUUUCCGGAACAAUGAUGGCUGCUACGAGUAAAGCACACGUGAAGACCCCGGUGGAGUUAUCUGGGGAGGAGGAAGAACAUGAAAGCAGCGACCAGAGUGAAUCUGAUGGAGAUGCUGAUGAGGGAAGCGUCGACGGAGAAAAUGACAUGGAUGACAUGGAUGAUGAUGAUGAUGAUGAUGAUGAUGAGGAGGAGGAGGAUGUGGAGGAAGAAGCUGAUGAUGAUGAUGCUGAUGAUAAAGAGGACAUUAAAGUUAGUGACGGAGAUGAGGCAGACGAUGAAGAUAAAGGAAUUGAGGAGGUUGACGGAGAACCCACUAACCCUAACGCUGGGUGGGCAGAUGCAAUGGCCAAGAUUCUGCAGAAGAAAACCCCAGCGAGCAAACCAACGAUACUGGUGAAGAGCAAGGAGUUGGACAAGAUGAAGGUGAAGGAGAAACAAGAAAAGCUGGAGAUCAGAGAAAAGACGGACAAGAAGCGUACGUGGGAGAUGAUGUUCAGGGUAAAACCUGACAUCGCAACAGAUCGGGAGGCUGAAAGGACCUUUCAGAGAACAGCUACCAGAGGUGUAGUGCAGCUCUUCAACGCCGUACGGAAGCAUCAGAACCUUGUGAACGAUAAGGUGAAAGAGGUCGGAGGAUCUGACAGGAAGAAGGCCAAGCUCCUCUCCUCGGUCACCAAGAAAGACUUCAUUGAUGUGCUGAGGGGGAAGGACACGGUGAAAGUGGUGAAGGCUGAGAAAGAAACGGCUGCUGCCGAGAAGCCGUCCUGGAGUGUCCUCAGAGACGACUUCAUGAUGGGGGCUAAAAUGAAAGACUGGGAUAAACAGAGCGACGGAGAGGAGGAACAACCGAAAUCCGAGGAGGGCGCAGAGGACAGCGAUUCGGACUGAUGCCCUCUACAAACACGUUCCUAAUGACUCUGGGCCUUGGAUGAAUGGGGGUGGGGGUGGAGGUUUGGCGUUGAGGUCCUUCGUCCCUGAGGUUGUGGAGAACAGGGUUAACACUCUUCUGUUUUCCCCCAUGGGUCAAAUGCAGCUUUCGCUUUGUUGACUCGAAGCCGGAGCUCGUGUUCAGACGACAUAACUUAACUGUCUCAUUCUUGGAGCUGUAUGACCUGUGCUACAUCCGUGUCCUAUUUUAUUCCUGUAAAUAAGUUUUUUUUUAAUAACGUUUGAAUAAACAGCCAGUUGGACUUGAACUGUA